AUGGCGGUCGUUGCGCGAGAGGGUUCUCACUUGAUCAAAAAGCACAGGGAACAAAAAGAGCGCAAAAAGGCGAUGCACAAAGACUGGGAACUCGCCGGAUCAAAGAUGGGUCAAGUGCUCGGUGUAAAGAACGCUGAAGAUGAAGAGGAACGGGAAGAUGACGAUACUAACUUCAAGGCAAACUCGCAAUUCAAAGCUCACUUGGACAAGCAGAAUCAGAGCGAAGGAGCGAGUAACUUCUCAAGGACCAAGACCAUUCGUGAACAACGAGAGUUCUUACCCAUUUACGCCUCACGCGCUGAGCUGAUGAAGGACAGGAUUGAUUUGUUCUGCGUUAUUAAAAGGGGAAUGAUUGGGUGUACUCAGCCUCGUCGAGUCGCUGCCAUGUCCGUUGCGAAGCGAGUUUCAGAUGAAAUCGGUGUGGAGCUUGGCCAAGAAGUCGGUUACGCCAUCCGUUUCGAAGAUUGUACCUCCAAAAAGACCGUGAUCAAGUACAUGACUGAUGGUAUCCUCCUUCGAGAGACUUUGCGCGAGUCUGACAUUGAUCACUACUCCUGCAUCGUCAUGGACGAGGCUCACGAGAGAUCCCUGAACACAGACGUCCUCUUUGGUAUUUUACGAGAUGUUGUCGCUAGAAGAAAUGACUUGAAACUGAUUGUUACAUCCGCUACCAUGGACGCCGGAAAAUUCUCCGACUUCUUCGGCGGUGUUCCAAUCUACAAAAUUCCUGGAAGAACUUUCCCCGUAGAUGUACUCUGGGCGAAAUCGACAGUGGAGGAUUACGUCGAAUCCACUGUGAAACAGGCACUUCAGGUGCACCUGUCCAUGGACGAAGGCGAUAUCUUGAUCUUCAUGCCGGGUCAAGAGGCUAUCGAAGUGACCUGUGACGAAAUCCGCACGCGACUGGAUGAGGUAGACGAGUCACCUGCGCUCGCCAUCUUGCCGAUUUACUCUCAAUUGCCGUCGGAUCUUCAGUCCAAGAUCUUCGAAAAAGCCCCUGAGGGUUGCCGAAAAUGUGUCGUCGCCACUAAUAUUGCUGAAACAUCCCUUACUCUUGACGGUAUCAAAUAUGUGAUCGACGCUGGAUAUUGCAAACUCAAAGUGUUCAACCCAAAAAUUGGUAUGGACUCGUUGCAAGUCUACCCGAUCUCGCAGGCUAAUGCCAAUCAGAGGUCAGGUCGAGCAGGUCGAACUGGCGCCGGCACUGCCUUUAGAUUAUACACGCUCUCCCAGUACAAGUCCGAAAUGUUGCUCACAACUGUCCCUGAAAUUCAGCGAACCAACUUGUCGAACGUUGUUUUGCUUCUAAAAUCUUUGAAUGUUGAUGAUCUCCUCAAAUUUCACUUCAUGGAUCCUCCUCCACAGGAUAACAUGUUGAACUCAAUGUACUCGUUAUGGAUCCUUAACGCUCUUGAUAACACUGGCAAACUCACGGAUAAAGGACGACUGAUGGUCGAGUUCCCCAUGGAUCCAGCCAUGUCGAAAAUGUUGAUUACUUCUUGUGACAUGGGCUGUUCUGAAGAAAUGCUGACAAUUGUCUCCAUGCUUUCUGUGCCAACGAUUUUCUUCAGACCAAGAGGUCGAGAAGAGGAUGCAGACACGAUGCGGGAGAAGUUCAACGUCCCUGAAUCCGACCACAUGACAUACUUGAAUGUCUACUCACAAUGGAAGAAGCAUGGGUACAAAGAUACAUGGUGUACGAAGCAUUUUAUUCACGCGAAGGCGAUGCGCAAAGUCCGUGAGGUUCGAAGCCAGCUCAAGGAAAUCAUGGACUCGCAAAAACUCACGCUUACCUCCUGCGGCGCGGCGUGGGAUAUCGUCCGGAAGUGCAUCUGUGCAGCCUAUUUUCACGCCGCGGCGAAGCUGAAAGGUCUCUCUGAAUAUGUGAACAUUCGGACUGGUAUGCCGUGUCAUCUUCAUCCCACUUCCGCUCUCUAUGGAAUGGGAUAUGCUUCCGACUAUGUCGUCUACCACGAGCUGAUUAUGACAUCAAAGGAAUUCAUGCAUGUCGCUACGGCUGUUGAGGGAGAAUGGCUUGCUGAACUUGGCCCUAUGUUUUACUCAAUCAAGAAGAGCUCGAAGAGUCGCCGUGAAGCUGCAUCAAAGACAAUGUCCAACCUCGAAGCUAUGGAUGCUCAGUUCCACAAAGACAAGGAACUAAUGGACAAACGAAAAGCCGCUGAAGAAGCAUUCAAAAAGGUCAAUAAACAAAUCAGUUCUAAAUUGUUUAUAAUCGGUUUAGCCUUCGUUGACAUCAGUGCGGAUCGCGAUGCCAGAAUGCUUAUUGGUCUCCUUUUUCAAGGAGUAUCUGCUGGCUCUGAUGAGAAAAUACCCCAAAAAGUCGUAGAUCAAGUGCGAAUGGGCAUCUUCAAUCAGAAGUUUUACGAACUAACAAGCACUUACUACUCAAAUCUGCCGGUUUUUUCUUCCAUCCCCGCUGUAACAUCACAUGAUGACCUCGACAAUUCUCUUCCAGUUUCUACCCUUGAAGAAGUCUACGAGAAAACUCGAAUAAAACAUCUUUCUGGGAUUUCCUUUUGGAGCACUUUGGAAAAAUAUGAAACUUGUAAAAUUCUGAGGGAAAUGGAGUCAAGAAAAGUGGAAGACAUUUACUUUGCAUCUAUGGCCACUACGUUUUUACCAACAUCAUUUCUGGUUUUGGGGAAAUGCGCAUUCAUCGCUUCGGAAGAACAGAAAUUGUCUGUCAAAUUCGCCAUUCGUCAAAAGAACUCACCUGAAAACCUUGCCAGAAUUAUGUCCCUCCUUGAUCUUUGGGAAGACAAAACUCUCAAUUUCCCAACAGGCCCUACUCUAGAAGACGAUGUCAAAGCCAAUCUGCACAUUUUGCAGGCCUUCUUCCGCCACCGAGAUGCUGAUAUGUUUAAAUACACACGAAUCUUCGGCGAGCCGGCUUUUGCAACUCUUAUGAAAACUUUGACGAGGCGAAGAGGGGAGGCGUUUUACAAAGAUGUUCACACGACCUUGUUAGCAUUAGAAGGAGUGCAAAUAAUAAAGAAGAGGACGGGAGAAAAUCUUUUUGACCAAGAACUUCUCAAAGAAUUCGGACGAAAUCUGAUGACAAAGUUUUCCCUUCUAAACAGCGAAAUCGAAGAUGAAAAAGAAACAAAUAAAGAUCUGAAGUCGAAAAUCUUCAGCACCCUUGCUUCAAUGUCCAUUCUAGCGCAACUCAAGCCCGACGCAAUGAAGAACUCACUAUCGGGAGAUGAAAUUAACCUUCCGAUGGACUUCUUCAGCGUAAAACACUACGACCUGCCAAAAUCUCUCCAUGAAGUUGUUGGGAAAGAAUAUAAAGACGCCGAAGAAAUCGAGAAGGAGAUGACUGCAAAACUAGAUGCUAUGAUUCGUAAUAAACAACAUGACGAGCUUUGA